AACUUGUUUUUUUUAUUUAUUAAAAAGAGCACACAAGUUGAAUUUAAGGAUUAUAAAUUAAUAAACACCCAUCUUAUUACGUGAGUAACUGCAGGAAAACCAGGUUGUUUACCCCUAGAAUUGUUAAUCAAAGUGAAGAAUCCAUCGCAUUUUUCAGGUUAUCCCUUUAUCUUAGGACCGUUAUUGUUCUUUUAGGGCGCGUAAUAUGUCCAAGGAAAGCAAGCUUUUAAAUUCAUUAUCACGCGCGUUUCCCGAUGAUCGACCUAUCACUGCGUUACAAAUUAUUGAAUCUUUGGAUAAGUGUCCAAACGGAUUUUACCCCGUACAUAGGACUUACGACCAAGACCAAGACGCCGAUUUGUGGAGAGAAGGGUCGUUUAUAAGAAAAAAAACGCGAUACUUGUGUAUUUCAAAAACUGAGGGUUCUCAUAACUUAGUCUUAAAAGACUUGGUUGUUAUAAACGAGAAAUCAAUUCCAACGGAAGGUUUUAGUUUGAUUUCUCGUACAGCUGAUUCUGAACAAAGAGCUUGGCGAAAAAAGCAGAUAACCUAUAAAUUAGCGAAUAAACGGUUUACUCAACAAGCCGUAACCGAUAUAAUUGUUUGUAGCCGAUUAAAAAAAGCACCGGACGGAUUUUCAUUUGCAGGUGAAAUUAACGGGGUGAUUGUUUGUUAUAAAAUGGGGAACGUUCAAGAUGCCGAACGUAACUUGAGUGAAGUAACCCCUGCUAUUGGACCUCCCCCCGCACGACCGCCGCGACAUCAUCAACCGGGGAUUUACCCAUCAAUAGCUCAAAACAACGAUGGAGAUCAUGAUUAUGAAAUUUUAAAUCCACCAGGUUAUGUUCCAACAAGACCUGCACCUCAACCACCACCAGUUACUUCAGGUAAUGGGGGGACGAGUAGUUUUCAUGCCUUAGAUGGUGUUCCAUUUGUGCUCAAUUCAAAACUAAUGGGAACGGGAAAUAAUAAUCAAGUUCAAAUUCCGAUUAUUAAAGCUCGGACCAUGCAACAAUUAUUGAGAGAUUAUGAUUAUCCUUUUACGGUUGAACGACAAACUUAAUGACUGAAGAAGACAAUUUAUUAAUUAAUUAAUGCCAUUUUGUUUUGUGUUUAUUAUUUUUCUAUAAAACAUAUUUACCAUUUAAUAUUUAAUGUUUAACAUCACACCAUAUAUUUUUAUUAUUAGUAACUAUUAUGUAUUUUUUCUUUUGAUAAGUGUCCGUAUUUUUGAUUCUAUGUUUAUCGCAAAUAAUUAUGAGUACGCCAAUUAUAUUUUUUUUAGUUUAGUGCCAACAUAUAAAAUAUGAUACUCUAUGUGAUCUGUUUAUUAAAUAAAACCCCACAAAAAAAUGAUUAUUUAAAAAUGA